UUUUUUGAAGGCUUAACGAUAUUUACACCCAUAUUUUUGGAUGAAUGCGCCAUUUCUUUCUUACUUUCUGUUGUUGAAGAAUAGCUUUGUAGUGUGAUAUUUAUAGAAGUGGAAAAGAAAGAGGGUAGAUUAUCGAACUGGUGGGUGUGAAUGAUGGUGAAUUGGAAGAAGAUUCCGACAACAUGUAAUGAAUUGAAAGAAGAUUCCGAGCUCUUCGAAUGGAAAAAAUAAAUAUAGUGGAAAGCGAAGAACUAAGUUUUCCAAGGGUGGUUUUCCAAUCGACAUUGGAGGUUUGUGUUUCGGUUUCUGGUUUUUUAGAAGUGUAGGAGCCGAAGGGAGACGAUACUGUAAAGUCAUGUUGGACAUUUUGGACAAAGGUCAAACACCUAACUGCUAAGAUGGAGUUUACUCUUCUGUUUCCGAUGAUCUUAGUUGUUAUGGUUGUCGUUUUGCACAUAUCAAAGGAAGGAAAAGGAUUCCCAAAGAAAAACGAGGCAGAUGAAGAAAAUGAAGGCAGAACUGCUGUAACAGAGGAAAGAGAUGAACAAAACAUGCUUUAUCAGCAAGCAUUGCAGAAUGAGAAUUUCCAAUAUAUUAAUUCGCAGAGUAAUCCACCAGACAAUCCCUUAGGCCAUGCCACCACCAAUAAUCAGACGACAGAGGAAACUAGUCCUGGAACUGGGACAGAGCCACUACAUGGGUUCCGACCACAAACAGUGCCAGGGACUCAGACUCAAUCUCUCACGAUACCAAAUGAUUCGCAAUCUGGUAAUGUCCCCCAAAGACCAAGACCAACACCACAAACAGAAACAGGGGUUCCAGCACAAGAAUUAACAAUUGUCGUCGAAAAUCCACCGCAAGUUCCGCAGAUGGAGAAUGAUGUUCAAGUUCCGCAAAUAGAGAAUGAGGUUCAAGUUCCACCGAUGGAGAGAGAGUUCACAAUCUCGUUUGGUGUGAUUGGAUUCUCUGGUACAAUGCUCGGUGCCUACUUCAGUCUUCUUGAAAGUAAUAAGCAAAUAUCCGACCACAUGGUUCUCUACGAAACCUCUAUAUGGUUACUUUAUAUCUCCUUAUACCUAGGCUUAAUUAUGCUUACGAUUACCAUUAUCCGCCCUUGUACACAUAAUCGGUGUACUUUUUAUUGUUUUCUGUAUCUCGCAGUAGUAUCAGGAACUUACGCUAUAAGCAUUGGAAUUUAUCUUCUACUUCCCAAGAGCACAAUCAGGCUGGUCAUCCUUUCUGUUCUUCCAACUGCAUUGCUCUUGGUGGCCAUGAUUCUCCAUUUCAAGGAUAAGAUUGUGCGGUUAUUUCGGUUCAAGCAGCAUCUAAAUUAGACAAGUAUUCAAUCGUAAUUUAUUUAAUAUUUAUGCAAUGUCUUUGAAUUUAUUCAUUUUGAUUUGGGGCUUGCUAAUACUGUGCAUUUUCAUUUGAUGUUUUGGAACUUGUAAUCUUUUGUAUCUUUCGUAGUCAAAACUCGAAAACACCAAACUGAUAGGAUUUCCAAACUUGGAGACUGGGACAAGUCUUUGCUUGAA